UUGUUUUUUAUUUAUUAAAUUUGAAGUUUUUUAAAGUGCUUAUUACUUAUAAGUUAAAUAUUUUUUCAGAGAAAAAAAAUGUCUUACGUUCGGCUGUACAUGGAAAUAAUUGCACCUGCACAAUGGUUUCAUUCACCAAGCUCGGAGAUUUUUAGGAAAUUGACCACUAUAUCGCUGGCCAUGCGAUCAAAGGAUUUGCUCAGCGGCAGGUUGGUCGCAUCUGGGAAGGCAAUUGUAAACUUUCAGAACGUAUCUACGCAGAUUACAAAUACCCCGGAAGGAUUUUGGUUCAAACGCAAUGGACAUGGCGUCAAUGAUAUUUUGAGUCCGUAUGCUGGUUAUUGGAUCCUGGCAGAUAUUCCAAUAGAAUGGGCUCAUCCAGGAAGUAAUGUCUUGGAACUUCGAAACAUCGUUAUGGUUGCUGUGGCAGCCAAAAAAUAUAAAUGCUUUGGGAGCGAAAACGGAGGACUGGUGUUCUUGAGACACAAAAACAUUCUUGCUGAAGUGGAGGCAAUAAGGGAAACGGUUUAUAUAAUGAAAAGAAGAUCGGACCUGCCGUUAGUAAACGACUACAGAUACAGUGCACAACAACUACUACUAACUAAUAAUAAUACAGAACAAGAAUGCUAUGAGGAGUUGGUUUGGAAAUAAUGGAAUGCAGAAAUGGAUCACCUAUGGAGUUAGGAAGUGAUGGUGAAAGUGAUAAAGAGGAGGAGCAAGAAGAGGAGGAGGAGGAGGGCCAAGAGCAAGAACAAGAACAAGAACAAGAACAAGAGCAAGAGCAGGAGCCGGAUACAUCUAACGAUGUAUUAGAGGAGCAGGAGCAGAAUACAUCUAACGAUGUAUUACAGGAGCAUUCUGAAGGUGAAGGCGAAGGCAUAACCUCUACUACCGAAGUGUUGGACGAAACACAGGAUAACAC